UCCACAGAUCAACAAGCCUGUGUUUUGGACGCAGUUUGACAAACAGCCUGUUUUCUGUCGCUGAAGUCAGUCGCUCUCUGCGCUUCCUUCCAGCCAGACGUGUCACUCUUGAAACUGCGGUGAAACCAGCACUGAAACCAACAAACAAGACGGUGGAGAGGACAGCGUCGGUGUAACUUUAAUGACAGCGGGCUUGUGUUUUUCUCUCUGACGUUUCACCUCCAGGCGAGUCAACAAGACAGCGUCACUCUCCAAAACCGAGCCAGGAAGAAGUGUCCAGAAGGUUCCGACAGUCUGUCACCAGCGCAAACAUUAGCCUUAACUUAUUUGAUCCCUCAAACAGAAUAGUACACAUCCUCAGUGAACCCUCGACUUGUUUUUUAUUUUUUCAACUAUAAAAACAAGGCUUAUUUGGUUGCGUUUUCUUGGAGAGCUAGCCAAAACAAUAUUAAGCUAACUCUUGUUUUUCCAAAGCUGUCAUAAGUGUUAGCACCACCAACCUCCAGCUAGCAACCAGCUAACACCGAAUCCAUUCAUCGGGCCAUCGCUGAGGACAUCACACAACCCGGUUUGCCUCUCCAGCUUCCACCGGUGCAUUUCACUUUGAAUCAGCCCGGUCCGACCCGCUGCAGGAGCGGACUCCUCACCGGCACCUCUCGCCUCCAGGAAGCGGGGAUCCGAGCACCAGCGAGCGGCCAGCGGAGCGUCAGAGCCCGGUGGGGGGGAGCAGGGAUCCCUCAUCGCACUGUCACAUUAUUAUCGGUGUUAUUGCUGAAAAUGGCGGCGAUCGGAAUGGUGCAGAUGUUGAUCGAAGCAGCCGAGUACCUGGAGCGCAGGGAGAGAGGAGCAGAACACUGCUAUGCCUCCAUGCCACCCUUCAUCAGCGGUGGAGAGAGGGAAAGCUUGAAAAGGAAAAGCAAAAGCAAGAAAAACACAAGUAGCAGGUCUACACACAACGAAAUGGAAAAGAACAGACGGGCAAAUCUACGGCUGUGUCUAGAGCGACUGAAAUCCCUGGUUCCCUUGGGACAAGAUGCUAACAGGCACACUACCCUCAGCCUGCUGAUGAAGGCCAAAGAUCACAUCAAGAGGUUGGAGGAGAGCGACAGGAAAGCUCAGCACACCGUAGAGCAGCUACAGCGGGAGCAGAGACACCUGAGGAGGCGCCUGGAACACCUGGGGGUGGAGAGGACCCGGAUGGACAGCACCGGCUCCACUGUGUCCGACAAGUACGACUCUGACCAGGAGGACCUGGACGUGGAUGUGGAGGGGACAGACUACCUGCUGGGUGACCUGGAGUGGAGCACCAGCAGCGUGAGCGACUCGGGAGACGAGGGAGGAAGCCUCCGCAGCAGCUGUAGCGAUGAGGGCUACUCCAGCGCCAGCCUGCUGCGCCUGCAGGACACUCAGGAGACGGCCAAGCAGCUGGGCUGCAGCCUAUAAACAGCACUGGUCACUGACCCAUCACCCACCUCCUCCCCUCAGCCAAUCCCGUCCCCAGAUGCUCUCUCGACUUCCUUGACCUGCUCAGACCUCACCCCUCCUUCCUUUCUUUCCUCCCUGCCUCCCUCUCCUCCAGGACUGACCCACGUCCGAGGCCUCUCCUCCACUCAGGCCUCCGGGUCUUCCUGUCCCCACGGAGGCUUCUAUUUGGGCUGCAACUUCUCCCUAAGACACCCGCCCAUAUUUAGCCGUCAUCAGCGGUCACUCACUCUGCUCUACACCAAUCAAAUGAGUGGGAUUUUAAAGACACUCCACCUCCAUCCGUCCCCCCCCAUUUGUCAGAACCACAACUUUCAGCCAGAGAAUGUUACCACACAAUAUCCCACUGCCUCUUUUUCUAUGCCUCAAGAGCCAUAGGAAGAACUUAAUGAGAUUUCACUCAUACUUCACACACACACACAAACACACACACACGCAUACAUAACACACACAAACACAUACCCAAACAUACACCCCUCCAUCGCUCCUUGUUGUCCAUUGAGACAGAGUCCCUCCCAAGGUGUGACACUGACAUGGGAUGGGGCUUUUUUUCAACACCCUGCUUACCAGUCAACCAUCGGUGCGUGGUGAUUUGCACUUAAAAUAGCUUUUUGUAAAACUGUGUCAUCUUUUUCAAACACUGUUGUCUCUUAAAAACGUAAAGGCCCCCUCACUGCAGCUGUUAUCAUAAGUGAGUGUUUGAGACAUGUCAGUUGGCUGCCCGUGCUGUGUGGUGCAGCAGACUUUGUGGACACUAAAUUAAAUUGUCGGGGCCGACAGCAAUACGUCCCUUGUACCCAGGUUUUUCGCUGGCAAUCGGGUAACUAUCCUUUAAUUUUAUGUCCACGCCUGCAGUUCAGAAGGGAAAGUUACACAAAAACAAACAAAAAAACUUGUGCAGCAUGAGAUUGUUAAGGGCUGGGGUAUUUGGGAGGGUUUAUGGGGUGGGUUUCAAUGUUCUCUGCCUCUCUCUGAUGAUGGUGGCGUUUUUAAAGCAUCCUUUUAUCAUAUGUGUGUUUCUCACGUUCGAGCCUGGCAACGACAGGAGUCACUGGCAGAUUUAAGAAACUUAAAAGACAAAAACACCAGCCACCACCAGGUGGAAUGCUGGGAUAUUUUUGGCAAGUUCUGGAACAUGUUUGUACACUUGUUCUUCUUCACUGCCCUGUUCACCUAAAAGAAGCGAAGAACCCACCUACUGAGACCAGUCAAGAGACUGGAGCACAUUCCACUAUGUAGAAAGGACAGGCAGGGUAGAAUGAGAUAGAAUUAUUGAUGAGGUAAUGAGGUAGAAUUAUUUUUAUGGGGCGAAUGUUCUUGCCAAUGUCUUAGGAUGGGUAGAGUUAGGUAUGAGACGAUGGUAGUCACCCAACAAAAUGACCGGCUUUGACUCUUCAGUGGGAACAUGCUGUGGCCACAUCCACACUACUACGUUUUAAAUGUUUAAAAUGCACCAACUUUGCUACAAAUACACCUGGCAUCCACACUACUCUGAAGUUUUAGAAAAAUAACGGUUUUAGUUUGAAAACUCGGGCACAGCGUUUUAAUCUGGAAAGGCAGAAACAGAAAUGUUUGGAAAUGAUGACGUAGACACUCACGAACAGUUGCUGAUUGGUUGUUUCAGUCACGAUGUUGCCUUCACUGACUCGUCAGGCUCCUUUCGCCUGAACCCCUUCCAUAAGAAUACAACCAGCAUUAGCUUCAGCUAACAGUGUAGAACGCAACAUGUAUAAUCAUUUACAAGUGUUGCUGACCCUGUUGUCUUUGCUAACUGCUGUUUUGCAGUAAAAUCCUGCAUUUUACAAUGGUACAACUGUUUACAUGCGAGAAAACCAGCUGUUAGUUGAGUGAACUGCAACAAUUCCUGCGUCCAGCAGGACAGCCAUGCCUUCCUGUUUAAAUCGUCAUGCGCUUGCCUAGUGUUCAUGUUAUAUGGCGUGUUAUCCUAGGCGUGUGUGUGGACAAAAAUCGUUUCAAACGUAAACGUAGUAGUAUGGAUGUCGCCUGAGAAAGUUUACCUCUUUCUUUUUGUUCGCAUCGGAUGAGCACCAAAAUGUAAAAACCCCAGGUUUUCUUUCCUCCGCCUUGCCUUGAUAGCUAUUUAUUGUUUCUGCAAAAAAAGUACACAUUUUAAUGUAAAUAGUUUACAGAAAGAUCUUUAUGUCUAUCAACAAAUGUAUUUAUUAGAUAUACUAAAUAUAUAUAGAUUAAUAUAUAUACAUAUAUUUAGUCAUAGCCUAUGUUCUUCUUGUGAGGUUUAUUGAGAGUUUCCUAUGUGUAGUUUUUUUUGCAAAGCAUAGUCAAUCUAUAGAAUAUUUAGAGAGGUCUCCUGUGCUUCAAGGCUUUUGUGUCUGUUCAGAUUUCGGCACAGUGCUCCUUGAAAAGUUAAAUGUGAUGAUUCAAAUUUGUAGCUGUUUUCAAAGCCAUCUUGCCCUUUAAGGAGGGAUAAUAGGACAAAAAAUCGGUAUAACUUCUACGAUUGUGCGAGAGGUACUGGUGGCCAGGUUGAGGGCGGUGACGACUCCUCUGGCAAAAAUAUGUUGCCGGUUUCGUCCAUUUUCACGCCAAGAAGCCUCAAACAAAAUGGCUGCUCUCACUGUGAGAUCCUAGUCCCUUGUUUGGUUCAGAAUCAUCGCGGGCGGGAAGAGGAUCGCAGCUUUUCUCUAUAUGCAGACGUCCUCAACCCGUGCAGCACGGUGCCAAAGGAACCUCUCCGGCUCCUGCACCUGCCACUUGUGAACCUCAGUUAAAGCAUGACGAUGGUAGACCAAAAAAAUGAAAAAAGGAAAUUUGAAAAAUACGUAUUGUUAAUUGUAAGAUUUAUUGUGGAAUGCUGCUUUAUCUUUUGAAUCUUUUUGUGAAACGAUUCUUUUGAAUCGGAAAACGUGUAGCUGCGCGAUGAAGGGGAAAUGUAUCGAUACAGUAGGUGUGACUGGGCAGAUGUGUUCGCCUGGACGCCAUCUGUCAGUGUGUGCAUGUGUAUAAAGUGUGUGUGGUUGUGCGUGUGUGUGUUUAUUUCGUCACUGUCUUCAGAGAGAAAUAUUA